UAGGUGCAAUUUCAAGAUUAUUUCGAAUCAUGUGGACUGCUUUCUGUGUGCUAAUUUUUUCUUAUCUUGUGAAUGCUUUUUCACAGGAUGAUUUUGAAUUCUUGGUAGCCGAUAAAGUGCAUCCUAUUGUUCCAGAUAUAGUAAAAUUCUCACCGGAAGAUAUAAGUAGUCUUGAAAAAUCUAAUCAGGAUCCCGAAGUUCGUCCAGGAUUGUUUGAAGGUGAUAUAGCAAUGUCCAACGAACACUAUAAUUACUGGAGAGUAGGAUUGCGGUGGGAUAUUUUUCCCGAAAAAUUGUGGGAAAAAAGAACUGUUCCUUAUGUGAUUAGUCCACUUUACAAACCUGCCGAUUAUGUGACUAUAUAUAAAGCUUUAACGUAUUUAAAUUAUAUGACGUGUGUCAAGUUUAUUCCAUGGAACGGAAAGACAAAGGACCUAAUAGUUAUAUGGCCUAUAAAGUAUCCAGAAGGAUGUUGGUCUUUUGUUGGCAAGUUUGGAGGAUUGCAAAUUUUAUCUUUGCAACCUCCUGAUGACAACGGUCCGAACUGUUUAGGAAGUGAAGGAAAAGCUAUUCACGAAUUAAUGCAUGCGUUAGGAAUUUUUCACGAGCAAAGUAGAGCAGAUAGAGACAAGUUUGUGAAAGUCAAUCUUGAAAAUGUCAUUCCAAAGUUCAGAAUCAACUUUGCUAAGCAUAGCUCAGAAAAUACCACUUACAAUUACGAAUACGAUUACCAGAGCAUUAUGCACUAUGGGCCUAAUUACUUUAGUAUUGGCAAGGAUAAACCUACUCUGGAACCCCUAAUACCGGGUGUUAAGUUGAAAGCCCAGCGAAAAGCAAUGACGAAAACGGAUUGUCUGAAAGUCAAUGAUUUAUACGGAUGUCUUUCCAAGCCAAAAUUGGCAAGAAGAUAUAAUCUUAUUUGUCAAACUUUAGGAAUAUGAAUCGCAAAUCUGAAAAAUAUACAACUGUUUAUAAAAAAAA